GAACUUCCAUAUUUGCCCAUGCGUGCGAGCGCGCGCUCUCUCCAUCGACCCGCCCCCAAUUCCGAUUUCUCAAAUUAGGGAUUUUAAAUUUGAGAUGCGAUUUAUCAAAUUCACCGAAGCCUUCAGCUUUUCCGAUCCAGCUGCCCUGUAAUAUUCAGGAAAUUGAAUUGAAGAAAUGGGUGAGAGGAAAAGGCAUAGAAUUUUGAUGGUCUCUGAUUUUUUCUAUCCCAAUUUCGGUGGUGUGGAGAAUCACAUAUAUUAUCUCUCACAAUGCCUUCUCAAGCUCGGUCACAAGGUGGUGGUAAUGACUCAUGCCUACAACAAUCGUUCUGGUGUGAGAUAUAUGACAGGUGGUCUGAAAGUGUAUUACGUACCAUGGAAACCAUUUCUUAUGCAGAAUACUUUUCCCACCUUUUAUGGGACACUUCCAAUUGUAAGGACCAUCCUUAUUCGAGAAAAAAUAUCGCUGGUCCACGGACAUCAAGCUUUCUCAACUCUUUGCCAUGAGGCUUUGAUGCACGCACGCACAAUGGGGUACAAAGUCGUAUUUACUGAUCAUUCACUCUAUGGUUUUGCUGAUGCCGGAAGCAUACACAUGAACAAGGUAUUGCAGUUUACUUUGGCAGAAGUAAGUCAGGCCAUUUGUGUUUCUCAUACAAGCAAGGAAAACACAGUGCUAAGGUCAGGUUUGCCACCAGAAAAGGUCUUUGUAAUACCUAAUGCUGUUGACACAGCUAUGUUCAAGCCUGCACCAGAACGACUGAGUAGUCAUGAAAUUGUAAUUGUUGUUAUAAGUAGAUUGGUUUACCGAAAGGGUGCAGAUCUACUUGUUGAAGUAAUUCCAGAAGUAUGCCGUUUAUAUCCCAAUGUUCGUUUCAUUGUUGGAGGAGAUGGACCUAAACGUGUGCGGUUGGAAGAAAUGAGGGAAAAACAUUCUCUUCAAGAUCGAGUUGAAAUGCUAGGUGCUGUGCAACACUCUAAAGUACGAUCUGUCCUAAUUUCUGGCCAUAUAUUCUUAAAUAGUUCUUUAACAGAAGCUUUUUGCAUAGCGAUCUUAGAGGCUGCCAGUUGUGGAUUAUUAACAGUCAGUACACGUGUAGGAGGUGUUCCAGAGGUACUUCCAGAUGACAUGGUUGUACUUGCAAAACCAGAUCCUAGUGAUAUGGUUCAAGCAAUAGAGAAGGCAAUAUCUAUACUUCCUACAAUCGACCCACAAGAAAUGCACAAUCGAAUGAAGGAACUGUACAAUUGGCAUGAUGUGGCGAAACGGACAGAAAUUGUUUAUGACCGUGCUUUGAAAUGCUCAAAUCAAAAUCUUUUGCAACGACUCUCACGAUACCUCUCGUGUGGAGCUUGGGCUGGAAAGAUUUUCUGCUUGGUUAUGAUCAUUGACUUUCUGUUAUGGCAUCUGUGGCAGCUAUGGAAGCCUGAAGAGGAUAUUGAAGAGGUGCCCGAUUUCGUUCUGUCCCAUGAUCAAGAUGAAGGGAUUUCGCUGGACAAUGCGAACCACAGCUCGAGAUGACUGCAUUCCAGAUUGACAUUUUUUUUAUUUUUUGGUAGGGAUGCAUAGGAUUGACCUGAUUCUUCUUUAUGUUGAUUUCAGUUGGUAGCAUCAGUUUAGUCCUUGCAUGUAAUCAAUUUUGAUCAAGAUUUCGAAUUUACAAGACAAACGAUGAUUGUCUGUCGCUUGUAUCGCAACUUUCUUACAAGUUUUGAUGGAUAUUUUAUAUUUGAAAGUAUAUACAGCACCAAACUUGAAGGCUUA